AGAAGAAGAAUGGUAGUCAACAUGGACGCUGAGCUGUUGUUGUUUUUAGUCUCGGAAAACAAGGAAUUAUAUGAUAAAAACCACUAUGAUUAUAAAAAUACGAAGCGAAAAGAUAUGCUCUGGCAAGGGAUUGCAGACAAAAUGGGAGUCGAUGUGGAGGAGGUUAAAGCAAAGUGGAAAAAUCUCAGAGACACAUACACAAGGAAGAAGCGAAUGGAGCAGGAUAUGAUGCGAAGUGGACGGGCUGUUAAGAAAAAGAAACAGUGGAAAUAUAUGGGUGUGAUGGACUUUCUCGAUCCAUCUACAGAACACAAAAGUGUUAUUUUGAACAGCACGCCCAGCAAAAUUGAGGAUGAUGAGCCGGAUGAAGACAGUGGGGCUGAACCGGCCACCACCAGCACAGGUACAUCCACAACGAGUCCAGGAUUGGUCCAGACGGGUGCCGUGAAGCGAAAACGAUCUGAGACUCUAGAGAUGCUGGAGAGGUAUCUGGCAGCGAAAGAUGCCAGAGACAAAGACAGAGAGAAAGAACAACACCAAGAUGAGGUUGAUUUAUUUCUUCGCAGCUUAGCACCUGCCUUAAGACGAUUGCCUGCUUCAAAACAAUCCUUGGUGAAGCUUCAGAUCCAAAAAUUACUUCAUGACGCAGAGUUCGGACAGCCCAGCUUUCCUCAGAUAUCCUCAGUGUCACCGAGUAAUCAGUUGUUACUACAGUGUAGUGUUGUAAAACCCAGUUGAAAUGCCUUUUUUUUAUUGAAAAUAAACAAUGUGACUUUAAAAUAAUUGGAUUUGUGCUGGUUUGACUGCAUUAUCAAAAUGUUUAAACUUUACAACUGGGGUCUGUUCUUGGUCAAGUAUGUCCCUUAAUACAUCUGAGAUGAUAGGUAGUAUACCAGAUCUUCUAUUGGUGAAAAUUCCUCUAGCUAAUUCUGUUAUUCUCUUAUAGCUAUACACUAAUUUAAGAAAUGUGUUAUUUAGCAUAAAUACAUUUUAUAUACAGUGGCAAGAAAAAGUGUGAACCUUUUGGAUUUAGAUGGUUUUCUGCAUUAAUUGGUCAUAAAAUGUGAUCUCAUCUUACAUCAGCAGAUGCUGCUUGUGUAUAGCAAACUCAUUAAAAAAAAAAAAAAAACUCAAUGUUUAAGUGCUUUUUAAUAGUAGCGCUAACCCACACCUACAAUAUUGUUUUAUUAAUUGGAUGGCAGGUUUGCCAACUCCUGACUCUGUCUUUUGUUGACAUCAUUAGCCUAGGGGUUCACAUACUACACUGUGACCGUUUGAACGAUGUAAUCAAUAUAUACAAGAGCAACACAAUUUUGUUAGUUAAAAAAGAUUGAUUCAUUAUUAUAUUAUCAAACUAGAUUUUAAGACAAAUUUAUACAUAAAUGCAGGUAAUUCCAAAGGGUUUGCAUACUUUUUCUUGCCAUUGUAUGUAUAUAACAUAGGUCUAUACAUUAAGUGUAUAUUAAUGGAGAUAUCCAUAUCCAUUUAUUUUGUGAGAGCAGUCAACAUCAAAACUGGCCAAACGAGACAGUAGUAUUAAAAAGGAAACUGACAAAAGUGGACAAAAUAGGAAAAAUGCUGAUAAGUUGUGAAUAAAUGUGUAACUUCAAUUAUUUUCAAUUGCAUGUACUGACUUUUGAUUUUCAAUGUUCAAAAUUAUUAUGACCUCUUCUUCAAAUGGGUGCUCUCGUACUAAUAUCCAGCAGCUGGGAGAGACUUUCAGUAUUACAUCUGCUUACGGAGGUAUGACCUAACCCUGUUUACAUUACAAGACUACGAACCAGUUUCUAUGACAGAUGUUUUUCCAGGAAUAGAAAAAUCCAGGAUCGGGUCAAAUCAUCAACAAUUGAACCCAGUUAACUCAGUAAAGCACAUACAAAGAACAGAGGAGAAAACCUGUGAAUAGAAUUUAUUAUAUUCAAGUGAUCAUGCUACCUUAAAUACAAAUAAACAUGAAAAAUUAUGUUCAAAACAGUGGC